AAUCGAUUCCUAGCAACUCCGAUCCAUAGGAAUCGAAGAGGAGGUUAGUGAAAUCGAUUCCGCUCGGAUCGACUCGCCCACCCAACCCACGCGUUACCCGCAAUGGCUGCGCCCAUGGAUACCGACACGUGGGACCGGGACGAGGUGGAGGAGGUGGACGAGGAGGAGGCUGCGGGGCCGCCGCUGCGCGCCGUGGGCUGCGAGCAGCAGCCGCUCUCGCGACCCGACGGCUCGGCCUCCUUCACGCAAGGUGACACGGCGGUGCUGGCCGCGGUCUACGGCCCGGCCGAAGUGCGCGUGAGCCGGGAGCAGUCGGACCGCGCCACGCUCGAGGUGAUCCUCAAGCCCAAGACCGGCCUCCCCGGCGUGCUGGAGAAGAGCCAGGAGCAGUUUGUGCGCGGCGUGCUGGAGGCGACGCUGCUGUCCUCACUGCACCCGCGCACCUCCAUCACGCUCGUCCUGCAGGUGGUGCACGACGCCGGCGCCCUGCUGGCGUGCUGCGUGAGUGCCGCCUGCAUGGCGCUGGCCGACGCGGGGCUCGCGCUCCGCUGCCUCUUCUGCGGCGUGGCCUGCGCCAUCGCACGCGACGGCACCAUCGGCCUCGACCCCGACGCUAGGGCAGAGAAGGAGGGCCGAGCGCUCGUCACGCUCGCCCUGGACAGCAGCGGCAAGAACGUCCUGGCAUCGUCCACCAAGGGGCGACUCGACGCCACCGAGUAUCAGCGCUGCUUGGCGCUCAGCCGGGAGGCAUCCACCAAAGUUUUUGAGUUUUACCGCGACUCCAUCAGCAGGCGCUACUCCAAGUGCUGAAGACCGACGCGCGGAGACGCGGAAACGUGGAGACACGGAGACACGGACACGUGGAGACACGGAGACACGGACACGCGGAGACACGGAGACAUGGACGCACGGAGACACGGACACGCGGAGACACGUACACGCAGAGACACGGACGCGCGGAGACGCGGAGACGCGGACACCCGGACACCCGGACACGCGGACACCCGGACACCCGGACACCCGGACACGCGGACACCCGGACACCCGGACACGCGGAGAUGCGGAGACGCCGCCGGCAGUUGAACGGAGAACGGCUGUGGCGGCUGUUCCGUAACUCUAGCCGCGCGGUCAGACGCGCUGACCUGAACGCGCGACGCCGGCCGGAUCACUGAACGUUUGUGUGUCGAUGUUUUUUUUAUAUAUUUGUUGAGGAAAGCGGCGGCGGCGGACUGCCAUGUUUUGCAAGAGGCGUUUUAAUAAAUGACUUGUUGUUAAUAAAUGACUUGUUGAAAAUGAU